GCGGCUGUGUCGAGGGCUUGGAGAAGCACAGCCCCGGUGAGGGGAAACGGGGCUUUCUCACGAUGGCCCGGAUCCGCGGGGCUCUGGCCGCCGGCGCCCAGAGACUUCCUUUGCGUUUUGCAAGGAUCAGAAAUAAAGCCACGGACCCAAGCAUCCCCGAGGAGAACUGGGAAUGCAUCCAGCGGUUCUGCGACCAGGUGAACACCGACCCAGAAGGCCCGUCCCUUGCACCACGACUGCUUGCCCAUAAGAUACAGUCGCCGCAGGAGAUGGAAGCUCUUCAUGCCUUAACAGUGCUGGAGACGUGUGUGAACAAUUGCGGGGAAAGGUUUCACAGCGAAGUGGCAAAAUUCCGAUUCCUGAACGAGCUGAUCAAAGUGCUGUCCCCAAAGUAUUUUGGAAGCUGGUCAUCAGAAAAGGUCAAAUCAAGAGUCAUAGAAAUAAUGUUCAGUUGGACGGUUUGGUUUCCUCAGGAAGUUAAAAUCCGGGAUGCUUAUCAGAUGCUGAAGAAACAAGGGCUCGUAAAACAAGACCCCAAACUGCUGGAAGACAAAAUCUUACCCCCUCCAUCACCGCGACCUAAAAAUUCCAUUUUUGAUGUUGAUGAAGAGAAGUCCAAGCUCUUAGCCAGACUUCUGAAGAGCAGCCACCCCGAGGACCUGCAGGCUGCCAACAGGCUGAUCAAGAGCAUGAUUAAAGAGGAACAGGAGAAAUCGGCCAAGGUGUCCAAGCGGCUGAACACCCUUGAUGAUGUCCGCAAGAGCGUCCAGCUUCUGGAGGAGCUGCUGGUGCGAUACCGGCGGCGAGAGCUCUCCGCGCCCGACCUGGGGAGGCUGCAGGACCUGUCCGAACACUGUGAGAAGCUCCGGCCUCUGCUCUUUCGCCUGGCCAGCGAGACUGUGGACAAUGAUGAGGCUUUGGCUGAGAUUCUCCAGGCCAACGACCAACUCACGCAAGUACUUGGCUCCUACAAGCAGACUGUACUUGGCCACGACCAGGACAGCAGGGCUGAUGCCACAGCAGUGCAGCCGCCACAGGGCACUGUGAAGAGCUACACACUUAUAGACUUCUCGGAGCUGGAUGCCACGUCCCAGCUCCCCCCGGACCCAUGGGAAGACGAGGAGGCUGCCUCCCGACACAGCAGCACCACCUCCACCUGCUUGCUUGAAGAAGAGCUGAUGUCACUAGGCCUCAGUGACUCCCCCGUGAUACAGAAGCCACCGCCUGAGUUCAGCUCCUUACAGAUGGCUGGGCACAACGGAUACAAUCAAACCGGGAAUGCUGAUACCCACCAUAGCACGGGGCUGGGGAAUGGCUGGCAGGACAGCUCUCCAGAGAAGAACACGCCUUGUGGCAUGGCCGGGCAGCUGUCUUCACUGCCUGGGACAAAGCCAUUUCCCUUGAAUUUAUCACCCCUGAAAUCGUCCCUGCCAGAUCUUCCGUGUAGCUCUGCUGCAGACGUUUUGUUCUCCAGUCUCGCCUGUGAGCUGAAACCUGCUGCUGCUUUGCAGGACUCUUCGCUGGCAAACCUUUUUGUCCCCUUAGCUUCAAUUAAACCAAGUGCCAUCCCCCCCAUCACUGUGUAUGACCAGAAUGGCUUCAAGGCCAUGCUCCACUUCUCCCGAGACCCUGCUCCCGGCCGGGUGAACGUACUUGUGAUGGUGCUCUCCCUGCUGAGCACCUCGGCUCAACCAAUUCAGGACAUUGUGUUCCAGGCUGCGGUCCCCAAGGUGAUGAGAAUCAAGUUACAGCCAGCCUCGGGUUCUGAGCUUCCGCCUUUCAACCCUCUGCUCCCCCCAGCUGUGAUCUCCCAGGUCCUGCUGCUAGCCAACCCAAACAAAGACCCUAUCCGACUGCGGUACAAGCUCACGUUCACACAGGGCGGGCGGCCCGUCAGCGAGGUGGGAGAGGUGACCGGCUUCCCCGAGGCAGAGCUGUGGGGCAGGAGCUGAGUGGCUGGGAUGACGGGGUCGGACGCUGCUGCCUGGCCUCACCGCAGACGUGCCAGGGGACGCCUGGGCUGGUCACGAGCGCCCGCGGGGGCCGGCACGUGCAGUCAAGCAGGCACCUGCGUGCCGGGGACAGCCCAGGGCCUCGGCUCGCUCCUGUCCCCACGACUCCGUUUCUUGCACUUGCUCCAGGGCUCCCUGCGGGGCUUGGCAGGGGGGCGCCAGGCUCAGCACAGCCCAGCCCCGCCCGCGGGGGAGGAAGCAGCCCCCCGCCCUGCCCUGCCCUGCCCCGCCGCAGGAGGCAGGCGCUCCCGUCCCACCAGCGGUUCUUCCCCUGCUG